CUUUUCAGAAAUAUCUGUCGUUGCGCUAGUGGCGGCUUCAGUGUUACUCCAAUUUCGAACCAAAGCCUUCCAAAUCCUUCUUUAAUCGACAAUGAUCGUCUUCAAAGACGUUUUUAAUGAUCAAGAAAUUUUUUCCGACGGUAUUCCAUACGUAUUAAAAGAUGAUUUGUAUUACGAAAUUGAAGGCAAGAUGACAUCAGAAGUCACUGAUAUUCCUGAAUCAGCGAUUGGUGGUAAUGCAUCUGCAGAGGUGGCUGAUGAAACAAGUGAGGCUAGCAGUGUUAGUGGAAUUAACUUCGUUCUUGCCAAUCGAUUAGAGAAGAUAGAUCUCACUAAGAAAGAGUUUCAAUCUUACAUUAAAGUCUACAUGAAGAAAUUAUUGGGAUACCUUGAAGAAAAUAGCCCUGAUCGUGUUAGCGUCUUUAAGAAAGGUGCAUCUGCAAUGGUACCAAAAAUUUUAAAUACUUUCAAGGAUUGGGAUUUUUACAUGGGAGAAUCCAAAGACUCUACUUGUUUGUUGGUUUUGGUUAACUUCCGCGAGGAUGGUAUUACUCCAUUCGGUAUCGUAUGGAAAGAUGGAGUCAAUCAAGAGAAAUACUAACUAAUCUUGAAUACGUACCCGGUUUCAAAAAAUUCUUUCUGAUCUUUGGCAUUGCUAUAAUGGAUAGCAUUUAUAUGCUAAGAUCUAGUCGGGCGAAGAUGUACUCGUGUAGCGAUAUAUUUCUUAAUGUACUUAAUCAUAUGCAUAAGAGAUUUGCUAAUCCUAUUAAUAAAAGAGUAAAAUGACAUGGUUAAAUG